AUGCAUUUUGCUAUUACAGCAUCAGAUUUAGUAAUGGGCAACCGAUUAGAAAACUUUAAAACAGUAUUUUUCUAUGUUGUUCUCUUCAUAUUAACAGUUGAAUAUUUCAAAUACUGGUGUGCAAGCAACUAUGAUAGAAUACACUGCAACACUUCAACUUCCAUUUAUACUCAGGAUGGUGUCAACGAAUUCAACAGAGUAGUCAAGGUGCUUUCAACAGGAACCAGUGCUUGUGACAAAGAUGCCCAAAUAUCAACAAUCAACAGAAGAAUUCUAAAAAUCUUUAAAAACUACAACAGACCUCAGGUUUAUUGCAUCAACAAAAACUGGGAUUCUCUUGAUGGAGCCGUUGGGUACACAACAACAAUCGAAGAUAAGGAAAAGUUAGCUGCUCUUUGUGACGAUGAAUUGCUAGUUUUGGGCGAAAGCUUGCUUUAG